ACCCGUCAUAUGGCGUGACGUUUCUGCCCUCUAAACUCCGGUAUAGUUAACGGUUCUUCAAAACUCAAACUUAACGUCGUCUCCGACUUUCACUGCCAACGCUAACCCUAACCCUAACGUCCUUCCGAUGGCGUCUUCUGACGACGACUUCCCUCUAAUCGGCGACACCACCACCACCAACCACCAAACAAAUCCUGAUUUCCACCACCAACUCACCGGAAAUUCCCACUUCUUAGCCUCACAGACGACUCCGAUUAAUGCACCACCACCGCGGGCGGCACAGGAAGCCAAUGGAGAGGGUUACAACGGCGGCGCGUUUUGUUCACAGCCUAUGGUGGUCGCUCCGUACGAAAACGAGUCCGAUCCGAACAGAUCUAGGAUUAACGGUGCAAGAAGCGAGAAGUGGAGCGAUCGGGAAGAGCUCAGCGACGGAGGAACACCGUAUCAUUACAGUAAGAAAACUAAGAUAGCAGGUUCAUCUUCAGGCGGAGAGUACAGGAAAGACAGAGAGGAGUGGAGUGACACUGCCAUUGCGUGUCUGUUAGAUGCGUAUUUAGACAAAUUUAUGCAGUUAAAUCGUGGGAAUUUGAGAGGGAGGGACUGGGAAGAAGUGGCGUCGAUCGUAAGCGAGAGGUGUGAGAAGCAAACGAAAAGCGUGGAGCAAUGUAAAAACAAAGUGGAUAACUUGAAGAAGAGGUAUAAAUUAGAGAGGCAUCGGAUGAUGAACACAAAUGGUGGAAAUGCUACAAGUCAUUGGCCAUGGUUCAAGAAGAUGGAGCAGAUUGUUGGGAACUCGUUACCAUUGAAGACUGUAUUAAGCGAAGAGAAUUCUGCUGGUGGUAUGAGUAGCCCUGUUAGACAAUCCAAAAGAUAUGGAACAGCAACAUCUAGCCCAAGUUGUCAGCUCACUACUAUAAAACCAAAACCAGUGACAAAUUCAAGAUGGAGAAGAGUUGUUUUCAAAAUCAGUGGUGCUGCUCUUGCUGGAACUGGUUCCAACAGUGUUGACCCCAAAGUGGCGAUGCAUAUUGCUAAAGAAGUAUCAAUGGCUUGCAAUGUUGGCAUUGAGGUGGCAAUAGUGGUUGGGGGGAGAAAUUUCUUUUGUGGAGACACAUGGGUUACAGCUACUGGUAUGGAUAGAAGCACUGCUUAUCAAAUAGGUAUGAUGGCAACAGUGAUGAACUCGAUACUAAUCCAAUCAGCAUUGGAGAAAUUAGGUGUUGAGACACGUGUCCAAUCUGCUUUUUCUAUGCCAGAAGUGUUUGAACCUUACAGUAGACAAAGAGCAAUCAGACAUUUGGAAAAAGGUCGAGUUGUAAUAUUUGGUGGGAUUGGUGCUGGCACAGGGAAUCCCCUCUUCUCUACUGACACAGCUGCUGCUCUUAGAGCCUCUGAGAUUCAUGCGGAUGCGUUUAUUAAAGGGACAAAUGGGGAUGGUGUAUAUGAAUGUGACUCCAUUGGUAAUGUUACAUUUGAGCAUAUUUGCUUCAGGGAGUUAGCUUCUAGAGGUGUGUCAUCAAUGGACAUGAUGGCUGCAACUUUCUGUGAAGAGAAUGGGAUUCCUGUUGUGAUAUUUAAUCUUCAUGAGCCUGGGAAUAUAUCAAGGGCGUUAUCGGGAGAACAUGUUGGCACGCUAAUUGAUCAGACAGGAAGGGCUGUUGUGUAAAUCAUGAUAUAUUGAGUGGCAAUAUUAUAUAUAUAAAUAUGUAUUAGUAUUUGAUGUGUAAAUUGUUUAAACAUAGAUGUCUCAUGUCUGAGGGAGGUAGAGAGUGUUGUAGUAACCAUAGUUAAGUAUUGUUGGCUAUAGUUGGGUUGGGGUGUUUGUUGUAUGUGAGUUAAAUCCAAGUAAAGAUAAUGUAACUGUGGGUAACAAAUUCGCACAUGUAUUUUGUGCUUAUUGAGGUUGAUUCAUUGAUUAACCACAAACUUUAUUUUGA